UUGAAAAUGUGUUUUUAGGCGGUCUGGCAUCUAAUGCCGAAUUAUUAUUAUUAUUAUUGGCGUACUUGUAAUUUAUCUGUAGAAUUGCAAUUCAUGAUAUAUUAAUCCAGUUGUACAGGUCGUAUUAUUAUGUAUGUAUAGCCUCACUCUAGUCUGUAGUAAUGGGGGUGAAUGAGCUAUGGUCAAUUCUCGAGCCUGUAAGAGAGUCUGUCCCACUACGAAGUCUCAGUGGAAAAACUCUGGCCGUGGAUUUAAGCCUGUGGGUAUGUGAGGCACAAGCCGUGAAAGGAAUGAUGGGAAAAGUGACAAAACCUCACCUCAGGAAUUUGUUUUUCCGAGUCUCAUCUCUUACACUCAUGGGAAUAAAAUUGAUCUUUGUAAUGGAAGGUGAGGCUCCAAAAUUGAAAGCUGGUACAAUGAGUAAAAGGAAUGAGAUGAAAUAUGGGACAUCAGGCAAGCCCUCUACUAGACCUGGGAAAACUGGAAGAUCUCAUUUCAAAUUCGUUCUAAAAGAGUGCUCUGAAGUGCUGGAUUGUCUUGGUGUCCCUUGGGUCACUGCUGCUGGAGAAGCAGAAGCAAUGUGUGCCUAUCUGAAUGCUCAUGGCUAUGUGGAUGGGUGCAUCACCAAUGAUGGUGAUGUUUUCCUUUAUGGAGGUCAAACAGUGUAUAGAAAUUUCACUAUAAAUAUGAAGGAUCCACAGUUAGACUGCUAUAGGGUUUCAAGAAUCAAAUCUGAACUUGGUUUGGAGAGAGAAACACUGGUAGGCUUAGCAAUUCUGCUUGGCUGUGAUUAUCUACCAAAGGGCAUCCCAGGAGUUGGAAAAGAACAAUCUAUGAAGCUGAUAGAGACAUUGAAAGGAGAAACUCUGUUGCAGAGGUUUAAACAAUGGAAGGAUGAAUUUCAAGAUUUCAAAACCUCAGAAAAAGCAGCUGAAAAGGUUACCCACUGUCAAGUCUGUCAUCACCCAGGUUCUGCUAAGGACCAUGGGAGCAAUGGCUGUAAACUGUGCAACAGCAAACAAUUCUGUGAGCCUCAAGACUAUGAUUAUUGUUGUCCUUGUGCUUGGCACCUGGCAGAAAGAGAAAGACAGACCAACGCAGUUGAGAUUACUGUUAAAAGGAAAGCUAGGAUAUGUGAAGGAUUCCCAUUUAAUGAGGUUAUCAGGGAAUUUCUCAUCUCAAAGGACAAGCCUAUUAAAAGCGUUAGAUGGAGAAAACCCAAUCUUUUUUUAAUGCAGAACUUGGCUUGGAAUAAAAUGGAGUGGCCAAAACCCUAUACUUGUGAGAGAGUGUUAAUACUGAUGACAUACAUGGAAAUGAUGAACAAGAAGUCGGUGAAAGAAAGUACCGCACAGAUAAAACCAGUAAGAAUAUUCAAGUCAAGAGUAAGAAAUGGUGUUCCUUGCUUUGAAGUCAUAUGGCAUAAACCAGAGCACUAUACUUUUAAGGAUGAUCACCCUGCAGACGCUCAGAAUACGGUGAACACAAUCGAGGAAGAGAGUCUGUUUCAAGCUGCCUAUCCAGAGAUUGUUGAUCUCUAUCUGAAGGAAAAAGCUGAGUCAGAGGAGAACAAGCACAAAAAUAAGAAAAGAAAGCCCAAAGCACAGAAAUCUGCCAGUACUGAUGAUGUUGCUGACCUGUUAGCUCAGAUGACCAUACAGCCUUCCAUAAAAGAAGCCUCUGAACUAGGUACCAAUGCUGAAGGAGAACGGCAUCUUAAUGAUUCUGAAGAACAGGAAUGUGAUCUAAGGACAUUUCAUUGUCUGUCUGUGCCUCAUAAUUCCAGCAUACCCAUUGCCUUAAAGGAAACAUUGUGCAAUAACCCGACAAUAAUUAAUGAACCAAAAAAAACUAAAAAUAAAGAAGAUGCACAUUCUCUAUCGUCUAACAAACAACAUAGUUUGACCGCAUCCUCUCUGUCUGCUGUGAUUGAGGAGUUGCAGCUGAGUAGCAUUGACUGGGGAACAACAUCUUUUGGCGCCUCACCAUCAGCACCAGUGUAUAAAACACUGUCUGCAACAUCUAGGCAAGAUGAUAGCCUAACACAUUUACAAAGUUCUAAAGACAAUGAGUGCACAACAUCUUUAGUCCACAGCACUGAAAAACGAGAGGAAUUGGCAUUCUGCAGUGGAACAAUGGAACAUAAUUCUCUGUGCAUAGAUUUGAAAGAACAUUCAUCAAAUUCUGCUGCCAACCUCCCUUAUUCACAGUUUUCCUUAAGAGAUAGAAUUCUGUUAAAGAACUUUAAUCAAUCCAGUACAUCACAUCAUCAGAAUAAUGAUGUUGCUUCUGUCAGCUUGAAGCCACUAAAAUAUUUGACCCCAGUGGAACAGAAAAAUGAAUACCCUGCAGUUGAAAAAUCACCAUUUAGCAAACCAUCAGUGGUUGAAAGUCAGAAUGCUAAAGGCCUAAAGAGUGUAAAAGAAAAACUAACAGAUCAGAAAUCCUGUUAUAAACAGGUUGAAAAGCUUGCCUCUGUAAAAACAAGCACACAUCUCGAAAAACAUGAAGGAGGUGAGAAAAAGCAACAUCAAAAAGUCUUUCAAAGUAAGUCUGUAGAAAACCAACGCCAUGUUAAAUCUUCCAACCAAUCCAAAAUCAGUUCCCUGCCACUGAGUCACAAGAGUGAUGUUCCUGUCAACCACACAUUGGUGGUAGCUAAAACCAUUAAGAAAAGUGUCGUUAAAAAGAGUGUCUGCCAUAAUUUGUGUUCUUCUAGCGAAGACAGUGACGCAGAAAACACAAGGAGUAUAGUGCAAAAACACCAGGCCCGAUCCAAAACUAAACAAAGGUGUGUGUCCUCUUCAGAUGAGAAAAUAAAGACAACCAAGCUGGCAAGUAAACCAUGCGGCAAAAAAGCUUUUUCACACAUUGAGGCCCCACCGUCACCCAAAAGGUAUUUAGGGCAAAGUGCCAACAGCCAGAUCCAAAAAAAUGAAAAGCUACCAACUACAAAUGCUAAACCGUCGGUGGAAAUUGAAAAGGAGAAGGAAAGAUUUAACCACUGUGGUAUAGGGAGCUGUUCCCAGAGCCCUGUGCACAGUUCUGAAGCUCGAGACAGUGCAGAAGAUGAUUCUAUCAUUUUACUAGACAGUCCUUUACCUCUGUCUGAAAGGAUAAAACUUAGAUUUCAGAAUUAAUCAAUUUUUGUGUUGCUUUUAUAUAAAUGUUUCAUGGAUUCCCUCAAAUGUAAGGCUAAAGUAUGCUGGCUAAGCACAAGAAUAUCUUUGUCUCAAUUUAAAAACAAUGUGCAUGAAUGAUUCUCCUACCUGCUUGUACCUUUAAUUUUCUUUGGAUGUCCACUUCUUUCAAAGGUUUCAGUUGAAUUUGUUCAGUGAAUAUUGUGUAUUUUGGUUUUCCAUUUUGCCGUGAUCCUGUAUUGUAGCCACUUCCUUUGUUCUAGUCUGCUACGAGUGAUUUUCUCAAACCUGAAUCCAACUUUUUAACUUGACUGUCAUCUGCUUUGUUGGCAAAAUGUUUGUUUUUCUUCAAUAGAUGUUGGAAAUAAUUACCACUUUUCUCGCUUAAUUACUGUGUAAAGGUUUUCAUCAAUGUAUUUAAGUAGUUAGAUUACAUUUUUACUGAAUUAAUGUAAAGGUGCUAAUACUUUUGUUACAAAUAUUUUACAUUACUUUUGUAAAAAAAAAAACAUACUUUUUACAACUAAAAAAUUCAAGAAAUACAAUAUCUUUGGUGCCAAUACUUCUGUCUGCAACUGUAAAUGUUAAUGGUUUGUAAGCUGAAGAUGUAUGGCCAUUUUAAUGACACUGUUUAGUACCUAAGGGUAAUGACUGACUAAUAUUUUACUAAAUCUUUGAAGAGUAUGUCAUAUGUGAGGGUCACCAACUUAUUAUUUUUUUUAAAUUACAGGAUCAUGUUCUACAAUUUGAUGUGCAUUUUCUAUGUUUUUGCUGGCACUGACGCUGGAAGUAACUUCCAAAAAAGUGUUUCUUUAGUCUUCCUCACAUUUCCCACUUUUGUUACAAAUAUUUGUUCUAGUGAAUUAAAAAAAAACAUGUGUUUUGUACUUCUGUAAAUUCUGACUUGUUCCACUUUAUUUUGUUUUACAUUAUAAAGGUUGAGUUUGGAUUAAAAAAACAUCCUGCUAAAAAUGUUUGUUCCAUGCCUAUACGUACUAUUGUAAUUUCCUCAGCAUCCUCGGGUAAUACAUUUCUGUUGACCCCCAAACUCUCAAAUAAUGUUGUUGUAACAAUCACAAUUUGUCCAUCUUUGUAGCUUAGAAUAUACAGUGCUUUUUUUUCUACACCUUUCAGUCGACACUUUAUUGUAU